ACUAUGUGAAGAGCAACACCAUAGCUAGUGACGUGUCCCACAAGAAGGGGACCGUCCUUGCAAGAAUCAUUAAGGGCAAUGUUCCGGUUAGGAAUGGCGUCGUUCAUUUCAUCGAUCGUUCGCUGAUGGUUGUCACUUCGAGCAUCAUGCUGUAUCUGCAGGAGAAGGACGGCCAACUCAGCAAGUUCUACCAAUUGAUGAAGGAACAUUAUCCCGAGCUGACCUAUAAGCUCGUUUCCCAGGAUGAGCACACGCUGUUUGCACCGUCUAAUGAGGCUUUCAACAUGGUAAACAAGAAGAGGCUAAAUGAGGUGAUCCUGAACAGCGAACGACUUGCCAGGCUGCUCAACCUACACGUCAUCAACCGGCGGCUGACAACUGACGAAAUCGUGGAUCAUAGCACGCGGGAGAUGCUUCCAGGUAGAGACACUGUCAUCACGCCGCAAGCUCUACUUCGCCCGUCAACAAGCCCUCCCCCGACCCUCACUUCCCCCCCUCCUCCCCCUCCUCCUCCGCCUCCUCCUCGUCCUCAUCCCUAGCCCGUCGUCACGUUGGAAGGCGCCGGCGUCAACGCAACCAUCACCACCGCCAACAUCGCUACCAAGAACGGGGUCAUCCACAUCAUCGACCGCAUCCUGGGCAUCCCGUCGCAGACUGUCUACGAGAAGCUGGGUUCGGACCCUAUGCUCAGUUCCUCCUUCUCCCUGAGUGAGCAGAAGGAAUGGAACAAACGUCUGCUGCACAGGGACGAGAAAUUCACUCUCUUCGUACCGAGUAACGAAGCCUGGGAUUACAUCAAGAGGACGAUGCCGUCGGCUCACAAGAAGUUGUUCAUGGGGGAGUUUUCGUACCAUGUGCGUUACAUCCUGGAGCGUCAUAUGAUCGUGGGAGAAGCCUUCAGUCUCGAGGAGCUAGCAGCCCUCACAACCAAUUCCAGCAUUAGGGGCGGCUUCCAGCACGAGCGACUGCAGAUGACCCGCGGCAAGAUUUACUUCCAGGCAAAAGUCAAGCACAGUUUUGGAGGUGAGAAUGAGGAUAGACAACAACAAAGGAAAAAUAAGUACCGACAUCAACAAAACUACCAAAACAACCGACCUACAAACAAGAGACCUAUACGUGCUUCACAACUCAUAUUCCUCCGUAUGGGGACACAGCCACAGGAUUAG